AUGGCGCCCAGCAAGGACACCAUGUUCCGCUCGGCGGACAUGUCCUUGACCCAGCUGUACAUUGCCAACGAGAUUGGCCGUGAGGUCGUCUCUGGCCUUGGAGAGCUCGGUGUCAUGGACUUUAGAGAUCUUAAUGCCGACACGACCGCCUUCCAACGUACUUUUACACAGGAGAUUCGCCGCCUCGACAAUGUGGAACGACAGCUCCGUUACUUUCGCGCCCAGAUGGAGAAAUCGGACAUUGCGAUGCGCUCCAUCUACGACUUCAACAACCCCUUCACUGCGCCAUCCGCUUCCGAGAUCGACGAACUCGCCGAUAAGAGCCAGAGCUUGGAACAGAGGAUCUCUUCGUUGAACGAGAGCUACGAGACGUUGAAGAAGCGCGAGGUGGAGCUCACAGAGUGGCGAUGGGUUUUGAGAGAGGCAGGCGGCUUCUUCGACCGAGCUCGUGGUCAGACCGAGCAAAUCAGGGAUUCCGUUGACGACGACGACGCGCCGCUGCUCCAGGAUGUUGAACAGAACGGACAGGGCGACUCGGGCGCGGAGCGCUCAUUCACCGUCAUGAACAUCGGCUUCGUCGCUGGUGUCAUUCCUCGGGAACGCAUUGCCGCCUUCGAGCGCAUCCUGUGGCGUACCCUCCGCGGUAACUUGUACAUGAACCAGUCGGAGAUUCCCGAGGCCAUCAUCAACCCAGAGAACAAUGAGGAAACCAACAAGAAUGUCUUCAUCAUCUUCGCUCACGGCAAGGAGAUCAUUGCAAAGAUCCGAAAGAUUUCGGAAUCACUUGGUGCCGACCUCUACAGCGUCGACGAGAACAGUGAACUCCGCCGCGACCAGAUCCGGGAAGUCAACACCCGUCUGAGCGAUCUCGCCAGCGUCUUGAAGAACACCAAGUCCACGCUUGAUGCAGAGUUGACUGCGAUAGGACGCAACCUGGCAGCAUGGAUGGUCGUCAUCAAAAAGGAAAAGGCUACCUACGAGACUCUGAACAAGUUCUCCUACGACCACCAGCGCAAGACGCUCAUCGCUGAGGCUUGGGCACCUACCAACUCUCUUGGAUUGAUCAAAUCAACCCUGUCGGAUGUGAACGAGCGUGCUGGCCUGUCCGUACCUACCAUCGUCAACCAGAUCAAGACUACCAAGACACCGCCAACAUACUUCAAGUCUAACCGCUUCACCCUCGGUUUCCAGACUAUCAUCGACGCGUACGGAACGAUCAAGUACCGUGAAGUUAACCCCGCCCUGCCAGCCAUCGUCACCUUCCCCUUCAUGUUCGCCGUCAUGUUCGGUGAUGCCGGUCACGGUGUUAUUCUCCUCCUCGCUGCCUGCGCCAUGAUCUACUUUGAAAAGCGACUCGAGCGAAGCAAGCUCGACGAGCUCUUCUCCAUGAUGUUCUACGGUCGUUACAUUGUUUUCAUGAUGGGUAUUUUCUCCAUCUACACUGGUCUCCUCUACUGCGAUGCUUUCUCUCUUGGUCUCCCUUGGUUCAAGUCCAUGUGGGUCUGGGACAACGAUGGCAAAGGCCCAACUUCCCACCGUGUCGAGGGUUAUACCUACCCCUUUGGUCUUGACUACCGCUGGCACGACACCGAGAACGAUUUGCUAUUCUCCAACUCCUACAAGAUGAAAUUGUCCAUCUUGCUCGGUUGGUCCCACAUGACGUUCUCACUCAUGUGGUCACUCGUCAACGCAAGGUACUUCAAGACCAAGAUCGAUAUCUGGGGUAACUUUGUCCCUGGGAUGAUCUUCUUCCAGUCCAUCUUCGGUUACCUCGCUUUCACCAUCGUAUACAAGUGGUGCAUUGACUGGCCUGCGCGCGGCGAGAGCCCACCCUCUCUGCUCAACAUGUUGAUUUACAUGUUUUUGAGCCCUGGCACACUCGAAGCUGGUACCCAACCUUUAUACCCCGGUCAAGCCUUUGUGCAAGUUGUCUUAUUGCUGCUUGCACUGGCUUGUGUGCCUGUGCUUCUGUUCCUCAAGCCAUUCUACCUCCGCUACGAACACAACAAGGCCCGCGCAAUGGGGUACCGUGGUAUCGGCGAGACAUCCAGAGUCAGCGCGCUGGACGACGAUGACGAGAACGGUCACGCAAAUGGUGGUCGCGACAGCUACGGUGAUGACGAGGAUAUUGCGAUGAUUACCCAAGAUAUUGGGCAUGGAGAGGAGGAAGAGGAGUUUGAGUUCAGUGAAGUCAUGAUCCAUCAGGUUAUUCACACUAUUGAAUUCUGCCUCAACUGCGUAUCCCACACGGCCUCCUACCUUCGCCUCUGGGCCUUGUCACUCGCCCAUCAGCGUCUGUCCAUUGUCUUGUGGGAAAUGACUAUGAAGAAUGCGUUCGCUUUUGAAGGCGUAGCCGGUGCUUUCAUCAUGGUGUUUGUCUUCUACUUUUGGUUCGCGUUGACUGUGGCGGUGCUGUGUGUUAUGGAGGGUACGAGUGCCAUGUUGCACAGUCUGCGAUUGCACUGGGUGGAGGCGAUGAGUAAGCAUUUUAUUGGUGAUGGUGUGGCGUUUGAGCCAUUUAGUUUCAAGGCGUUGUUGGAGGAGGAACCUGUUGAGUAG